AUGGACGCUGCGGCGUCGAUAGAGGAGGAUAUGAUGCAGGUUUCUGCGCAUAAUUCGUCAGCAAGGAAGUAUAUGAGAGCUAGGAAAAAAAACAGGAAUGAGAAAGGCUCUGGUAAAAGGCGCAAGGAUGCAAAGACGGAUGUUAGUAAUGGGGAUAGUUUUUCUGAGGAGGAUUUAAGUGAGGUUAGGGAUAUACCAAAGAUUGCUUUGCAGGGCAUGCUUGUACCCAGGGGUACUUUUAAUAAGACGUUGUUAUUACAAAAUGGUGUUUUUGGGGAUGUUCAGGUUGGAAAAAGUGGUGUUGCAGGGGUUACUUGUGAUAAAGAGGUUAUGUUCAGUGGUGUGUAUAAUGCUCAAAAUGGCGGUGUUGUACAGGGUGUUGGAGAGUGUAAUGCUGUGCUCAAUGAGAGAGAUGGUGAUAUGGUUGUGCCUUGUGUUUCAUCUGAUGAGGGUUUGAUUCAAAAUGGUGGUCAAAGGCCUGCUCAGGUUGGAAAUGUUUGUGUUGAUAGUGUUUCUGGAGAUAAUGGGGUUAUGUUGAAUGAUAUACAUAAUUUUCAAAAUGGUAUUGUGCUUAAUGGAAGUGAGAAGAAUAUUGUGUCCUUGAAUUUUAACAGUGGUGGUCAGUUAAAUGCGGAUUCUUUUGAAGAAGAUGUUUGUGCUCAGAAUACUAACAGUGGUAGUAACAUUAGUAAGAAUGGCUUUAGUGUUGAGGGUGUGUAUAAGAGUGCUGUAUAUUCUGAUUUUUAUAGGGGUGAAUUUUGUGUUCUUGCUGAUACUUCGAAGAGUCCUUUCUUUGAUAAUAAAUUUAUGAAAAAUGGUUUGUUUUUGUUUGCAAAAAUACGCAAGUAUAAUAUUAAAGGUAUGAAGAAUAUAAAGGCGAUUGUAAAUGUAGCAUCUGGUAAACCUGUUUCUGGGUCUGGCGCUGGUAGUUGGAAUUUAAAGAAAAAUGAAACAUCUCCCUUAGCAGCACGCUUGAUUACCGCAAAAAAUAUUGCGCGACCACAAUUGAAAUUUAAAGUUGCCGUGGACAACAGUGCACUGACACCUUUCAUUCCCAGAAUAAAGGAUAAACCAAAUUCAUUAAAACCCUUGGCAGUGCUACCAGAAUAUGAUGAACAUGGAAAUAUAAUCAGUUACUUACAUCCGUAUGAAUUUGAGCUAAUGAAAUUGCAAAUACCCGCAUCUCAGUUGAAGCCCUCCAACCCUGUAGUGCCAGCAAAAAUGGACGAAACUGAGCUCUUAUAUGUAGACACAAUUCCCAAAUUGAAUACAGCCGUAAAAGAGUUACGUCAGCACCGUGAAAUAGCCAUUGAUGUGGAACACCACUCAUAUCGUACAUUUCAGGGAUUCACUUGCCUUGUGCAAAUCUCAACACGUGAAAAAGAUUAUCUAUUUGAUGCUUUAGAGUUGCGUGAUGAAAUGCACAUACUCAAUAUUGUGUUGACGGAUCCAAAAAUAGUUAAGAUAUUUCAUGGCGCUGAUAUGGACAUUGAGUGGCUACAGCGAGAUCUUUCAUUGUACGUAGUGAACAUGUUCGACACACAUCAAGGAGCAAAGGCACUAAAUUAUGCCCGCUUAUCCUUAUCAUACUUACUCAAACAUUAUUGUGACAUUGAGGUUGAUAAAACAUUUCAAUUAGCCGAUUGGCGCAUUCGCCCACUACCAAAAGAGUUGGUAUCGUAUGCCCGCCAAGACACACACUAUCUUAUUUAUAUUUUCGACCGUAUAACCAAUGAUUUGCUCGAAGCCGGAAGUCGGCAAACAAAUUUGCUACAAAACAUUUACCAACGCAGCACCGAAAUUUGCAAGAAACGCUAUGUUAAGCCACAUGUGACAGCCGAUUCGCACAUGGAUAUUUAUCGAAAGUCGAAACGUAUUUUCGACAAUCGCCAACUUUAUGCAUUGCGUGAAGUAUUUCAAUGGCGUGAUUCAGUUGCUCGACAAGAAGAUGAGAGCUAUGGUUAUGUCUUACCUAAUCACAUGAUUUUGCAAAUUUCCGAAAGUUUGCCCCGUGAAAUGCAGGGUAUACUUGCGUGCUGCAAUCCCAUACCGCCUUUGGUUCGGCAAAAUCUACACGUGCUGCAUCAAAUAGUGCUGCGGGCGAGGGAACAGCCACUGGUAAAACCCGUGUUUGAGACAGAAACGAUACAUCGCGUUGUAAGCACUAAUUCCAAGGAUUACAACAGCAAGUUGUAUUGUCCACACGACCUUUCCCAUAACGAAGAGUUUCGCGAUGAUCUACCAACGUUGCUUAGUUUCCGCAACAACCCCAUACUGCCGUCGCCUGCUGAGGUUAACGUAAGAUUGGCAAAACCUGUUCUAAGCAUUUAUGAAACACCGGAGCCUUCAGAUGAAGAUGAAGACCAAAGAAAACAAAAACAACUGUAUAGUAAUAUUAAGUUUGUUAGUCCGUAUCAGCGCUAUUUGGCCGUGUUACCGUUGGUCGAGAAAGAAAAGGCAGAAGAAGCUGCACGCAUUGAAGCUGAGAACAAAAAACGUCAGCUAUGCCCGGCUGCAAAUCCACUACUUGCCAAAACGGAGAUGGAAAUUAAAGUAGAAUCUGCUGAUGAUGAGUACAGUUUGCCAAUAAAAGAAAUACUAAAACGUACACAUGAGGAGGCAAUUGCGAAAAAGAGUAAGGCGAUGGAUCCAGAGGAGCCCAAGGCGAAACGCUUCAAAACUGUAACGCCUAUCGAUGAUAAACUAAAGUUUGUUAAUUUGCCACCCACUAAACGAGAAUUACAAGCUAAUAAACAUGCGGCAAAAAACACAGAAAUCAGCACUGCCGAUACAAAAACAAAACAGUCUGCUGCCUCAAACACUGCUAAUGAAUCUUACAACUCUGUGCAAACAAUUAGUGAUGACUCGGAUAGUGCACCCGAAGAGAUGCCAUCUACGUCGCAAGCCUAUACACAGCAAAGAGUGCCACAGAAUCCACAGAUUGGCAAAAAGAAGUUUAAGAAUAAAAAUAUGAAAAACCGACAAAACAGUAAUCAAUCUUCUAAUAAGCCCAUAGACGUCGUUAAAAGUUUUGACUACAAAAAUGUAGACUUUAAAAAAUUUCAAGGAGGAGCACAACGUGCUAAGGGAAUGGAAUUAAAACCACAGUUUCAUGGAAAAAGCAAUUCAAAUAAGGCAAAUAACAAAAAGUUUAAUAAAUUAUUUACAUUCAGCAAUGUAAGAGGUAAAAAGUAGCCAUCUGACUAUUAGGACUGCGUAGCACUUUCCCCUAGUUAACUAUCUGCGCUAGAAUUCUUGGACGUAAAACGAUUUGUGAAAUUUCUUUUAUAAUUUACAAUAUUUUUUAUUAUAUUUUAUAAAACUAUACUAGAGUGAAGUGUGAAAAUAUUUUCUUUGCGGUAAAAUACAAUAUUUCCUUAGACUUAAA